AUGGACAGCUUUAUGAAACUGGGCCAACAAGCCUAUAAGCAGUACUCCGAUAAACAAUCUCACGACAACACUACAGGCAGUGGUGGUAAUGAUUUCAACGUUAUGGGAGGAGCCCAUCUCAACCGACCAGCGGGUGGUCAAAUGAUCGAUACUGAUGGUGAUGGUAUUCCUGACUUGGAGCAGGCUGCAGCGCAUGCGUCUGGAAACGCAGGAGACUCAGGAGACUCUUCUCUAUUCAAGAGCGCAGUGUCGUUCAUGAAAUCACAAGCUCAAAAGAAAGGCGACGACGACGAUGAUGUUGACGAGGAGAAAGCGGUUGAGGCACAUGAUCGAGCUUAUAAUCAAAAGCAAGGUAGCUCGCUUGAUGCGAAGUCGAUGGGUACCGCUGCUGCUCUACAAGCCUUCAAACAAUUCAGUCAAGGUGGAGGUUCAAACGAGCCGAAGCAUAAUGAAGAUGGUAAAAGUAAAUUAAUCGGUAUGGCCAUGGCGCAAGCUGCUAAAUUGUUUGACUCUAGCGGUGGAGCAUCAUCUGGCCAAAAGCAAGACGCUGUGAACUCCGCGGGCAACAUGGUCAUGAAGUUAUUGAUGAAGCAAAAGCUACAACAGAUGACCGGCGGUGGUGGCGGCGGUGGUACAAGCGGUGGCGGCUUGGGCGGAUUAGCCAGCAUGAUUGGCAAAUUCGCUUAG